GCUUCGCACUGUAGUCACAAAGACUUCGACGUAACUACGCCACUACGCCACUACACGUUAUUAAUCAUAUGUAGUUACCGCCAUACACGGUGGGGCUGUCUUCGCCAAAAUACCGUGUGCAAGUAAUUUGUGGUAUCUUUCGAGUGCGCUAUUCGACCUUAGAACGUUGCCGAAGUCGGUAGAACUUUGUGCGCUUUGCUCUGGUGCAGUUAAGAACUUUCUUUUCGCUUAAGGUUGGGGGUGUGUUCUUCGCUUAAUACUUUUUGUGCAUUUGUCAAUUGAUUUUACAAGUGUAAUAUUUACUUGAGAUCCAUUGCAACGGUUACGUUUAUAUAAGAAUGGACUCACCAACACCGUCAAUUGUGUUCGAAGAUUCAAACAACUCAGCAAUGGACGCCUGCUUCACUGCAUUCGAUAAAGAUGGAGAUGGUUUGCUUAGCCUGGCAGAGUUUACUGUAAUUUGUCGGGCGUUAUUUCGCAAUGAUAGAGGACACAUCUACGAAGUGCCAGCUGAUCGCUUGGAAGAAAUUUUUAAUGUAUUUGAUACCAAUGAAGAUGGUUUUAUUGAUCGUGAAGAAUUUAAAUUUUGUUGGAAUCGUUGGAUUAAGACGAUUGUGCGACCCGUAAACGCAUUUCUCAUUGUUGAUGUACAAAAUGACUUUAUAAGUGGUUCUUUGGAUAUAAGUAAUUGCAGUGCACAGCAAAAAGGAUAUGAGAUACUUGAACCUAUUAAUAACCUAUUGGAAACAGUUGAUUUUGAUGCUACCUUUUAUUCAUUAGAUUGGCAUCCCAGUGAUCAUAUUUCUUUUAUAGACAAUGUUAAAAUGCGUCCUAUGGAUGAAUCGUCACCAAUUGAUGCGGACUCUGCGCAAGUAUUUGAUACUGUGAUAUUUGCUGGUCCACCACCAAUGAAGCAACGGCUUUGGCCACGUCAUUGUGUACAAGAUUCAUGGGGUGCUGAAUUGCAUAAGGAUUUGAAAAUAGCGGACAACAGUGUUAAAGUUUAUAAGGGCACAAAUCCAGAAGUAGAUUCAUAUUCAGUGUUCUGGGAUAAUAAAAAACUUUCAGAUACUUCGCUAAAUGCACAGUUAAAACUGAAGGGAACUACCGAUAUAUACGUAUGUGGAUUAGCUUAUGAUGUUUGUGUUGGUGCUACGGCUGCUGAUGCUUUAUCCGUUGGUUAUCGCACUAUUUUGAUUGAUGAUUGCUGUCGUGGCACUGAUUUUCAUGAUAUUGAACAUACCAAGGAAACGGUGAUUACCCAUCACGGCGUCAUUGUGCAUUCCAAUGAGGUUAAAGGAAUGGCUGAAGGACGUGAUCGUCGUCCUGAACUUGGUUACAAAUUAGCUAUGGAACUAAAAAAUCCUGACUCUGCACUAUCGCAGCGCAAUGAAACACGUCCAGUUCAAAGAAUAAGAGAUGAUUCAAAUUAACUGCAUUAAAAUCAGUAAGGACGUAAAACUGAAGCACAGGCUUGGUUUCAAACUUCACUAUUUUAUUUUAAAAAUGUACAUCCUUCACAAAACUGAACUGUAGUAACGAGUAUUUUGAAAUAAUAUUUAGGGUUUCGUAAUAGCAUAUCAUGACUUAUUUAUUUAUGGAAAAGUAUAUAGUAUUUAAGCACAUCUCUUAUCUUUAAUUGGUUUUAUUUUCAAUUUUAUAUUGUAUUUUGUUUGACAUUUGGUACUUAGAAUACUUUGCCUUGAAGAAACAUGUAACUUAUUAUACGAUAUUUAUGAAUUUCAAAGAGUUUUAACUUUCUUGUCUUAGGGGAAUUAGUAAUAAUUUUAUUUAUUUUUAUUAAUUACAAACUAUAUAUAGUUGGAAUCAUG